AUGUGGAUCUUGCCGUUGGUCGGAUACCUCGGGUCGAUCGUGGGCUUUGGCUUCAUGACCCUGGCCAUAGGUAUGCUCCCUUGCAUGCCCUCCGGCCUCUACUACCUCUCUGAACUCGUCGAAGAGCACACCGUCAUUGCGAAGCGCUUCCUCUCCAAGCUCAUUUACUCGAUCAUGGCCCUCCAGCUUCUCCUCUGCGUCGUCGACCGCUUCCCCUUCUUCCUCACCGUUCUCGGCAUCUUCUCGCACUUUAUCUACUUAGGCAACAUGCGGCGCUUUCCCUUUGUGAAACUCACAGACCCCUUGUUCCUCGCCUCGUGUGCCCUCGUUUUAAUCAACCACUACGUCUGGUUCAAACACUUCUCCCACCACCAAGAACGCGCCUACCAAAACGUCUCCUAUUACGACACUCCUGACGACAUCCCCACCUUCACCGAGAUCGCCUCCUACUUUGGGCUCUGCGUCUGGCUCGUUCCCUUCGCAUUGUUUGUUUCCCUCUCAGCAAGCGACAACGUCCUCCCCACCAUGGGAAGCGGGAGCAGCGGUGACUUCUCCUCGUCGUCUACAUCAAACGGCAGCAAAAAGAGAGGACAGGGCAUGUUCAAGGCGCUGGUGGAUGGAGUCCUAAAUACAAUGGCCGAGUUGGGCAACAUGACGGGGUUGAAGAAGCUGGAGGAUAGGCUCUAG